AAAGGAAAGGUAUUCCGGCGACUAUUGUUACACUCAUUCUAUUCUUGUUCAACUACGCUAACAACUCCGAAGAGUGAAAGGAAGAAAAAGGUUCAACCGAUCGAUUCUUCAACAUACAGAGAAUCGAUCAAAAAUGAUGCAGUAAAGCCUUUGCUGAAAUCACGACUUAAAAGGUUCUUUGAUCGGCCGUUCCCUAGUGUUUUACGGAUUUCGUCGGCGGCUGAGAAGCCAGGUGCCGCCGGCGCUGCUAAUGAUGGACCAGGCGCUGAGUUUGAGCCGAAUUCGGUUUCUUUGGACAAAUUGGUUCAGAAUUUCAUAGAAGAGAACAAUGAUAAGUCGUCUGCCGCUAGAUUUGGCCGUAAAUGCAAUUGCUUUAAUGGCAACAACGAUAGCUCCGAUGAUGAGUUUGAUUUCGACUCUGUUACCAACUCCUCUUCGUUUGGGGAUUCUUCCGAUACUCUCAAGAGCUUAAUUCCCUGUGCAAGUGUUACCGAGAGGAAUCUAUUAGCUGAAGCUUCAAAAAUCUUCGAAGAGAACAAAUCUUGCAAGCGUAAGGACGAUUUGAGAAAAAUUGUCACUGAUGAACUUUUAGCACUUGGCUAUAAAGCUUCAAUCUGCAAAUCCAAAUGGGAAAAAGCUUCUUCUACUCCUGCAGGUGAAUAUGAGUAUAUUGAUGUGAUAGAGGACGGCGAAAGAGUGAUACUCGACGUAGAUUUCAGAUCUGAAUUUGAAGUAGCGCGAUCGACGGGAAGGUAUAAAUCAAUUCUGCAAUUGCUCCCGUUUAUCUUCGUCGGCAAAGCCGAUCGGCUUCUGCAAAUAGUGUCAAUCGUCUCAGAAGCAGCUCGACAAAGCUUGAAGAAGAAAGGUAUGCACAUCGCUCCAUGGCGCAAUCCGGAGUAUAUGAAAGCCAAAUGGCUCAGUCCCUAUACUAGUCUCGCACCUGCUGUGGAAUCAAACGCGGCUGCUGAGAUCACGGAGUCGGAAAGUGAGUACGGUGAGUUGGACUUGAUUUUUUCUGAUAAAACGCUACCGUUAGACUCCGAUCCAACAACAGAUCCGUCGGAGAAUACUUCCGGCGAGGAAGAGAAGCCGGUGAUGAUGACAUGGCAACCUCCGGCAGUGAAGCCAAAGAAAACCAAAGUGGUUGUCACUGGAUUGGCUUCCCUUCUCAGGGAAAAACCCUAAAAGAUUUUGUUAAUUCUAACAUUGUGAAUCUUUUGUUUUGUUUAGCGAGUAAUCGGAAAUUUAGAUAGAUGAACGGAAACUGUUUUUUUCAUUUUCCGUUCCGUUUUCUGCUCCUCUUUGAAAGGGACAAAGGGUACUGUAAUAGAAUCUAGAACCAACCUCUUUGCUGUAAUGAAAAAGUAAAGAAUAAAGAAAAUAUUAUUCUUAA